AUGGCCUUCUUCUCCCAGCUGGAUCUUCAGGAGGGCCUCCAAACUCUUUCUGUUUUGCAAUGAAUCCCACCCUACAUAUUUUUAGGAGUUAUUUCUAUUAUUCUUAUACCCUACUUUCUGGUGUUCACUAAAUUUUGGACCUUAUCCAUGCUUGCUUUAGCCUGGCUCACCUAUGAUUGGAGUACCCACAUUCAAGGUGGUAGACGUUCACCUUGGGUCUGAAACUGGGUCCUCUGGAAGGAUUUCCAAAAUUACUUCCCAAUAAUGCUGGUGAAGACUCACGACCUCUCUCCCAAACACAACCAUAUCAUUGCCAACCACCCCCAUGGCAUUUUCUCUUAUGGUGUCUUCAUCAACUUUGCCACUGAGGCCACUGCCUUUGCUCGGAUUUUCCCAGUCAUUACUCCUUCUUUAGGGAUCUUGGAAGGGAUCUUCUGGAUCCCAAUUGUGUGAGAAUAUGUGAUGUCAAUGGGUGAGUAUAAGAAAUCAUUCCAUUCUCUGACCUACCUCAAUACUCUAACCCCAAUGAGGCAUAAGACUGGAGAUGUUUUGAUUGUAGAGGUUUCUCACCUUGGAGAGGAUUUCCCUGGGGGAACUUUCUGGGAGAACUGACACUUCAUCCCCUCUCCUUGAAGAACAUACCUUGUUCCUCCCUAUUCCUUUGGAGAGAAUGAGGCUUACAAUCAAGAGAUCUUCCCUGAGGGCACAUGGAAAAAGUGCUUCCAAAAAACCUUCCAGGACACAUUUUUUAAAAUCCUGGGACUAAAUUUCUAUACCUUCCAUAGCCAGAGCCUCACUCAAGGAUCCUGAGGCUCCCUGCCUUUCAUUCAGCCCACUACCACUGUUGUUGGGGAACCCUUGCCAAUCCCAAGGGUUAAGAGGUCAAACAAGAAGUCGGUAGACAAGUAUCACACAUUCUAUAUCAGUGCCCUGCACAAGUUAUUUGACUAA